GGGCGGAGAGGGGCGGGGGGAGGGGGGCUGGGAAAGUUGAGGCCGCGCUGCCGCCGGGUCUCCGGCCUUGAGGGCUCGGGCUCGCAGCGGCUGCGGUGGCCGCAAAAAGAGGCGGCGGGGGCGGGGGGAGAGGAGGGCCUGGGCCCGCGCUCCCCCAGCCCCGGUGGAGCAGGCGGUGGCCGCGGACAGAGAGAUUCGCCCAGACGGUCAGACACUCCUGCCUUCCCCUCCUGGGAUCAUGACCCAGGCGGGGGUCGCCGCCGUCGCCGCCGCCACCGCGGCCGAGACCGCGCAGCCGGCGGUAAGAAGAAAGCAUAACCCAUAGACCAUCUUCUGGCAGAAGAUGAUACAUUUGGAUCAGAAACGGGAGGCAUUGGAAGCCAGGAAUCAAAAGUGAAGAAACUCUGCAAGCCCUUAGGUUCCUAUUACUGUAACCAUGCCAGAAAUGACAGAGAAUGAGACGCCUACAAAAAAGCAGCACAGAAAGAAAAACCGGGAGACACAUAAUGCAGUGGAGAGGCAUAGAAAGAAGAAAAUCAAUGCUGGGAUAAACAGAAUAGGAGAGCUGAUCCCAUGUUCUCCUGCCCUGAAGCAGAGCAAGAAUAUGAUCCUGGACCAAGCCUUUAAAUAUAUAACAGAAUUGAAAAGGCAAAAUGAUGAACUCCUGCUUAAUGGAGGAAACAAUGAACAAGCUGAAGAAAUAAAAAAGCUACGGAAACAACUGGAAGAAAUCCAAAAAGAAAAUGGCCGAUAUAUUGAAUUACUGAAAGCUAAUGACAUAUGCUUAUAUGAUGACCCCACAAUUCACUGGAAAGGAAAUCUUAAAAACUCAAAGGUCUCUGUUGUUAUUCCUAGUGACCAGGUUCAAAAAAAUAUCAUUGUUUAUUCCAACGGGAAUCAGCCUGGUGGAAACAGCCAGGGAACAGCUGUUCAGGGGAUAACUUUUAAUGUUAGUCAUAAUUUACAAAAGCAGACCGCCAAUGUGGUGCCAGUACAGAGGACUUGCAAUCUUGUGACUCCUGUAUCUAUUUCUGGAGUUUACCCUUCUGAAAACAAGCCAUGGCAUCAGACCACAGUUCCUGCAUUGGCUACCAACCAGCCUGUUCCUCUUUGUCUUCCUGCUGCCAUUUCUGCUCAGAGUAUUCUCGAGCUUCCCACCUCUGAAAGCGAAUCAAAUGUGCUUGGUGCCACUAGUGGCUCAAUGAUUGCUGUUUCAAUUGGAUCUGAGCCUCACCAACAUCAUUCUUUGCACACAUGUCUACAUGAUCAAAAUUCUUCUGAAAAUAAGAAUGGACAAGAGAACCCCAAAUUAUUGAAGAAAAUGACCCCUUGUGUUACAAACAUGCCCCACAGCUCCUCAGCAACUACCACUAAAGUGCACCAUGGAAACAAGUCCUGCCUGAGCAUACAGGACUUCAGAGGUGAUUUUCAAAACACUUUUGUUGUUUCAGUUACCACCACAGUCUGCUCGCAGCCUCCCAGAACUGCAGAUGAUUCUUCUCCAGUGAGCAUUAGUAAGAGUGCAGACUUGACAAGUACAGCUACAGUGGUGGCAUCAUCUGCCCCUGGAGUAGGGAAGGCCACCAUUCCUAUAAGCACUCUUUCGGGAAACCCUUUGGACAAUGGUUGGACUCUUUCUUGUUCUUUGCCUUCUUCAAGUGUUAGUACUUCAGAUUUGAAAAACAUUAAUAGCCUUACACGAAUUUCUUCAGCUGGAAACACACAGACAACGUGGACUACUUUGCAACUGGCGGGAAACACUAUUCAGCCCUUAAGCCAGACACCAUCUUCUGCUGUGACUCCAGUAUUAAAUGAGUCUGGUACUAGCCCCACCACAAGCAACCACAGUAGACAUGUGGCUACAGGCAUCAACUUGAAUAAUUCCUUUCCAGCAGAUGGGCAGCCAGUUGAGCAAGUAGUUGUAACAUUGCCUUCUUGUCCAUCUUUGCCUAUGCAGCCACUAAUUGCCCAGCCACAAGUUAAAUCUCAGCCUCCCAAAAAUAUCCUUCCACUGAAUUCAGCAAUGCAAGUGAUUCAGAUGGCUCAGCCAGUUGGGUCAGCUGUUAAUGCAGCUCCAACCAAUCAAAAUGUUAUAAUUCUUCAGCCACCCAGCACCACCCCAUGCCCAACAGUGAUGAGGGCAGAAGUUCCCAACCAAACAGUAGGUCAACAGAUAGUGAUCAUACAGGCUGCUAAUCAGAAUCCUUUGCCACUCCUCCCUGCUCCACCUCCUGGUUCUGUUCGACUCCCUAUCAAUGGAGCCAAUACUGUAAUAGGGUCUAAUAAUUCAAUGCAAAAUGUUUCAACACCACAGACUUUUGGAGGAAAGCAUCUUGUCCACAUAUUACCAAGACCUUCAUCUUUAUCAGUGUCUAACUCAACACAAACUUUUUCUGUUACCAUGUCAAACCAACAGCCUCAAACCAUUUCUUUAAAUGGACAGCUCUUUGCUUUGCAGCCUGUGAUGUCUUCAUCAGGAACUACAAAUCAAACCCCUAUGCAAAUUAUUCAACCCACCACCAGCGAAGAUCCAAAUACCAAUGUUGCCCUGAAUACAUUUGGUGCUUUGGCCAGCCUCAAUCAAAGCAUAUCACAGAUGGCUGGGCAAAGCUGUGUACAGUUGUCUAUUAGCCAGCCUGCCAAUGCUCAAACUGCUGUAAAUAGUCAAACCACUACAGCUAACUGUGUUUCAUUAACAACAACUGCAGCACCUCCCGUGACAACAGAUAGUUCAGCCACACUAGCUAGUACUUAUAAUCUAGUGAGUACUUCCUCAAUGAACACUGUUGCUUGUUUGCCUAACAUGAAAUCUAAAAGGUUGAAUAAGAAGCCAGGUGCCAGGAAACACUUAGCAGCAAACAAGUCAGCGUGUCCCCUGAAUUCAGUCAGAGAUGUGAGCAAGUUAGACUGCCCCAACAGUGAAGGCUCAGCAGAGCCACCCUGUAAUGAUGGACUGCUAGAAAGCUUCCCUGCUAUGUUACCAUCUGUCUCUAUGUCCCAGGCAAAUAGUGUGAGUGUUUCUGCUUCACAUUCUUUGGGUGUUCUAAGCUCUGGAUCAUUAAUACCUGAGUCUGUAUUGAAAUCUAAGUCACCAGAAAAGUCCAGCUCACCCUCCCAAGAUUCUGUAACAAGUGAACAUUUUGCAAUGGCCGCAGCAAAAUCCAAAGAUUCUACCCCUAAUCUACAACAAGAGACAUCUCAGGAUAAACCACCAAGUAGUUUAGCGUUAUCAGAUGCUGCCAAACCCUGCACUUCAGCCAAUGUAUUGAUUCCAUCUCCAAGUGAUCCUCACAUUUUGGUUUCUCAGGUUUCUGGUUUGUCAUCUACAACAAGCACUACAAGUACUGACUGUGUUUCUGAGGUAGAAAUCAUUGCUGAACCUUGCAGAGUUGAGCAAGAUUCAUCAGAUACAAUGCAAACCACAGGUCUCUUAAAGGGGCAAGGUUUAACUACAUUGCUAUCUGAUGUUGCUAAAAAAAAAACCCCUCAGAAAUCAUCUCUUUCUGAUCAAAUGGAUCAUCCUGACUUUUCUUCAGAAAAUCCUAAAAUAGUUGAUUCAAGUGUGAAUUUACAUCCCAAACAGGAACUAUUACUGAUGAACAACGAUGAUAGAGAUCCUCCACAGCAUCAUUCCUGCCUCCCUGAUCAGGAGGUUAUUAAUGGUUCUUUGAUCACCGGUAGACAGGCCGACUCUCCCAUGUCAACCAGCUCUGGCAGUAGUCGUAGUUUCUCAGUUGCAUCCAUGCUUCCUGAAACAACAAGAGAAGAUGUGACCAGCAGUGCAACAACUAAUACAUGUGACAGCUGUACCUUUGUAGAGCAAACUGAUAUAGUAGCUCUUGCAGCAAGAGCUAUUUUUGACCAGGAGAACCUUGAGAAGGGAAGAGUUGGCCUCCAGGCUGAUAUAAGGGAAGUUGCUUCAAAGCCUUCUGAAGCAUCAUUGUUAGAGGGAGACCCACCUUUCAAAUCACAGAUACCUAAAGAGAAUGGCACAGGACAGGCAGAAGCAACACCAAAUGAAUUUAAUUCUCAGGGUUCAAUUGAAGCAACUGUGGAGAGGCCCCUUGAAAAACCAAGUUGUUCUCUAGGAAUUAAAACAUCAAAUGCAUCUUUACAGGAUUCAACUUCUCAGCCACCAAGCAUCACCAGUUUAAGCGUGAAUAAUCUUAUCCAUCAGAGCAGCAUCAGCCAUCCUCUGGCCAGCUGUGCGGGUUUAUCCCCAACCUCAGAGCAAACAACUGUGCCUGCAACGGUUAAUCUGACUGUUUCGUCUAGCUCCUAUGGCAGUCAACCUCCUGGACCAUCUCUGAUGACCGAAUAUUCCCAAGAACAGCUAAAUACUAUGACUAGUACCAUACCAAAUUCACAGAUUCAAGAGCCACUCUUAAAGCCAAGUCACGAAAGCCGUAAGGAUUCUGCUAAGCGUGCUGUCCAAGAUGACCUUUUACUGUCUUCAGCUAAACGUCAAAAGCACUGUCAGCCAGCCCCUGUCAGGCUUGAAAGUAUGUCCCUGAUGAGCAGAACUCCAGACACCAUUUCUGAUCAAACUCAAAUGAUGGUCAGUCAGAUCCCUCCUAAUUCUUCAAACUCAGUUGUGCCUGUUAGCAACCCAGCUCAUGGAGAUGGCCUUACACGAUUAUUUCCACCUAGUAACAACUUUGUGGCUCCUGCAUUGAGGCAAACUGAAGUUCAGUGUGGUUCUCAGCCUUCAGUUGCUGAACAGCAGCAAACCCAGGCAAGUCAACAUCUACAGGCCCUGCAGCAGCAUGUUCCAGCUCAAGGGGUAUCUCACCUUCAUAGUAACCAUCUCUACAUAAAGCAGCAGCAGCAGCAACAACAACAACAAGCAGGGCAGUUAAGAGAGAGGCAUCACUUAUAUCAAAUGCAGCAUCAUGUACCUCAUGCAGAGAGCUCUGUCCACUCUCAGCCCCAUAAUGUCCACCAACGGAGGACUCUGCAACAGGAAGUUCAGAUGCAGAAAAAGAGGAAUCUUGUUCAGGGCACCCAGACCUCUCAGCUUUCCUUACAACCGAAGCACCAUGGAACUGAUCAAUCCCGAUCCAAGAGUGGCCAGCCACAUCCCCAUCAUCAGCAGAUGCAGCAACAAAUGCAGCAACACUUUGGAGGCUCCCAGACAGAGAAGAGCUGUGAAAACCCUUCAACUAGUCGGAACCAUCAUAACCAUCCUCAGAACCAUCUCAAUCAAGAUAUUAUGCACCAACAGCAGGAUGUUGGAAGCAGACAACAAAGUUCAGGGGUUUCAUCUGAACAUGUAUCUGCGCAUAAUCCAAUGCAGAGGCUUUUGACAUCAAGAGGCUUAGAGCAGCAAAUGGUGUCCCAACCAAGUAUUGUGACUAGAUCUUCAGACAUGACCUGUACUCCACACAGGCCAGAGAGAAAUAGAGUUUCAAGUUAUUCUGCUGAGGCACUUAUUGGAAAGACAUCUUCUAAUUCAGAGCAGAGAAUGGGAAUAUCAAUUCAGGGUUCCAGAGUUUCAGAUCAGCUUGAAAUGAGAAGCUAUCUUGAUGUUCCCAGAAAUAAGAAUUUGGCUAUUCAUAAUAUGCAGGGUCGUGUGGACCAUACUGUAGCCUCAGAUAUCCGCCUUUCUGAUUGUCAGACGUUUAAACCAAGUGGAGCUAGUCAACAGCCCCAGAGUAAUUUUGAAGUACAAUCUUCAAGAAACAAUGAAAUAGGUAACCCUGUAUCAUCAUUGCGGAGUAUGCAGUCCCAGGCUUUUCGAAUUAGUCAAAACACUGGCCCCCCACCAAUUGACCGUCAAAAGAGAUUACCUUACCCACCAGUUCAGAGCAUCCCAACAGGAAAUGGUAUUCCAUCAAGGGACAGUGAAAAUACUUGUCACCAAAGUUUCAUGCAGAGCUUACUUGCCCCUCACCUCAGUGAUCAGGUCAUUGGGAGCCAGAGGUCACUCUCAGAACAUCAGAGGAAUACACAGUGUGGUCCAUCCUCUGCAAUUGAAUAUAAUUGUCCCCCAACUCAUGAAAAUGUCCAUAUUAGAAGAGAGAGUGAGAGUCAGAAUCGGGAAAGUUGUGACAUGUCGUUAGGUGCAAUUAACACCAGGAACAGCACCUUGAAUAUUCCUUUUUCAAGUUCCUCUUCCUCAGGAGAUAUUCAAGGUCGAAACACAAGCCCCAAUGUUUCUGUACAGAAAUCCAAUCCCAUGAGGAUUACUGACAGUCAUGCGACCAAGGGCCACAUGAACCCUCCAGUCACAACCAACAUGCAUGGGGUUGCAAGGCCAGCAUUGCCACAUCCAUCUGUGUCUCAUGGAAAUGGCGAUCAAGGCCCUGCUGUACGUCAAGCGAAUUCUUCAGUUCCCCAGAGAUCAAGGCAUCCCCUGCAAGACAGCAGUGGUUCCAAAAUUCGUCAGCCUGAAAGGAAUCGUUCUGGAAACCAAAGGCAAAGUUCUGUCUUUGAUCCAAGUCUUCCCCAUCUUCCCCUCUCUACUGGUGGCAGUAUGAUUCUUGGACGCCAACAACCUGCUACAGAGAAGAGAGGAAGUAUUGUUCGUUUCAUGCCUGAUAGCCCACAAGUACCUAAUGAUAAUUCAGGUCCUGACCAACAUACACUAUCACAAAAUUUUGGUUUUUCUUUUAUUCCUGAGGGUGGCAUGAAUCCACCAAUAAAUGCUAAUGCUUCUUUCAUUCCACAGGUUACUCAGCCUAGUGCCACUCGAACUCCAGCCCUCAUCCCGGUAGAUCCGCAAAAUACUCUGCCCUCCUUCUAUCCUCCAUACUCUCCUGCUCAUCCUACACUGUCCAAUGAUAUUUCAAUCCCCUAUUUUCCUAAUCAGAUGUUCUCAAAUCCUAGCACAGAGAAGGUAAACAGUGGAAGUUUAAAUAACCGAUUUGGAUCAAUUUUAUCUCCUCCCAGACCUGUUGGGUUUGCUCAACCAAGUUUUCCUCUUCUCCCAGAUAUGCCACCAAUGCACAUGACCAACUCUCACUUAUCCAAUUUUAAUAUGACAUCUUUGUUUCCAGAAAUAGCUACAGCGCUUCCUGAUGGCUCAGCAAUGUCACCUUUGCUUACAAUAGCAAAUUCCUCUGCCUCUGACUCUUCCAAGCAGUCCUCAAACAGACCUGCCCAUAACAUAAGCCAUAUUCUAGGUCAUGAUUGCAGUUCAGCUGUUUAAAUACCGAUAAACGAAAUGUAAAGGUAAUGAGUGAGAUUACAAAUGUAUUUGUGUGUGCAUGUGCACAGACAUGUACAUGAAGAGAAGGAUUGUGUGUGUGUGUCUGCAUAAUCAGUUUUCAGUUAUCUUCUGAAUGUAGGGAAGCCAUGUCAGAUGCAGAUACUGGGUUGUCAGAAAACAAGUUAUCUUUCAUUUUCAACUGCAUGGUGUACUUUUUUAUUUUCCAAGUAGAUUUACAUUUCCAAGUUGAUAUUUCCUAAAUACUAAUUAGCUGGAAAUUGGGGGAGAUCAUCUUGUCAUGUACUGGGUAGUAGGAGGGAGCCUAGACUUUAAACUUGAUUGUUGAUAACUUACAGAAUAUAUAGUUAAGUUGCUACUGAAAAAUAUAGGCAGCUUGAUAAAACAGUGGCUCAUAAUCAAGUGCUGGCUAAUGUCAGCAUCUAGAACAGCUUCUUACCUAUGGCAGAUGUUGAACUGAUGUUGAGUUUAAUGUCCAUAGUUAAAGUCAAGCAGUUAGCAAAUAAAUAAAAGCAAUCAGCCUUUAUUCUCAAAGUUUGGUUUAGAUAGAGACUUCUUUCUAAAUUACAACAAUCCAUAAAUUAUCUGAAUUUUAUGUCUUGUUCUUCAAAUUAGGGAGCUGUGUUAUCCUUUAAUGUGCCAAGAUUAUUUAAAGCAAAGGUCUUCCUUAGACAAUUAUUUAGCCUUAAAUAUAGAAAGCUAAAAAGUUAAGUACAUACAUAUUCUCCAUUUUGUGCUUGCAUUUUGCAUCAGGUCAUAAGGGUAAAAGCAGUUAGUUGUAUUGUGGAGUUUUGCAUGGGUGCAGUUAACAAUGGAUGUUUCAUCAACUGAGUUUAAUUUAGUAUUCUCUCUUCAUUCUAUUUGAUCUUGAAAUAAAUUCUUUUGCAUUCAUUUAAAUAUUAGGAUUGAUCAGGAAAUAGUGUGUUUGUAAUCUACACAUUUUUUUGAGCCUUACUUUAAAAAUAUUUCUGAACAGAGAUUUAAGCUCUGUCAGUAUUUUCAUUUACUGAUAGUAUUUAUAUUUUAAACAUGGCAUUGUAUAUUACAUUAUUAUCCUUCAUAACAGAAUUAUAAUGAGAAUAUGAAUUUGUUAUUUUUCUUGUUGGUAGAUGUGAAAUGGUGCUUCAAAAAAUAUAUAGUCUUUCUGUAUGUCUCUCUGUGUGUAAGUAUGUGUGUGUGUGUGUGUACACAUAUUUUAAAGUACGAAUUGGUCCUUUAAAAACAGGCCUGCCAUCUGAAAAUGGGAAAUUGAGACCUGAGACCUGCUAAAGCAUAGAAGAACUUGAUAUAGGUAGGGUUGUUUUUUUUUAAAUAGAUGGAGUCUGGCUCUGUCGUCCAGCUCACUGCAAGCUCCACCUCCCGGGUUCAAGCGAUUCUCCUGCCUCAGCCUCCUGAGUAGCUGGGACUACAGGCACGUGCCAUCACACCUGGCUAAUUUUUUGUAUUUUUAGUAGAGACGGGGUUUCACCGUGUUAGCCAGGAUGGUCUUGAUCUCCUGACCUUGUGAUCCACCCGCCUCGGCCUCCCAAAGUGCCAGGAUUACAGGCGUGAGCCACCGUGCUCGGCCUAGGUAUGGGUUUUUAAAAGCCCCACAGAAGUUUAUAAUACAUUUAAAAACCCAUACUAAAAUUUGAAAACUUAAAAAAAAAAUAAGAAAACAAUGGUAUAUAUUCCUUUUCUUAAACCCGUGAAGUCCAUUACUUUUUGUUCUUGUUAUAUUCUGCCAAAAAUGGGAUGGGGUGGGAGAGAUGCAUAGAAAUUGUUUUAUCUGCCUUGUUAACAAAGUGAACUCAAGGACCAGCUUUUCUUGUCUUUCUUUCUUUCUUUUUUUUUUUUUUGAGACUGUCACCCAGGCUGGAGUGUCAUUAGGUGCAAUUAACACCAGGAACAGCACCUUGAAUAUUCCUUUUUCAAGUUCCUCUUCCUCAAGAGAUAUUCAAGGUCACUCUGUCACCCAGGCUGGAGUGUACAUGGCAGGAUCUCGGCUCACUGCAGCCUCUGCCUUCUGGGUUCAAGCAAUUCUCGGGCCUCAGCCUCCCGAGUAGCUGGGAUUACAGAUCUGUGCCACUACACCUGGCGAAUUUUUGUAUUUUUAGUAGAGACAGGGUUUCACCAUCUUGGCCAGGCUGGUCUUGAACUCCUGACAUCAGGUGAUCCACCCACCUCAGCCUCCCAAAGUGCUGGAAUUACAGGUAUGAGCCACCCCUCCCAACCCCCCCCUUUUUUUUAAUCCUAAAAAGCUUCCUAAGAGUUGGUCAGAGCAGUUAACUCCAGUGAAUACCUCUUCUAAAGACUCAGCAAAAGGGUCAGUUGUGCCUCUUUAACUGUUCUUACUAAACUCUCCUAUCUUUUUCUGCUGCCAACUAAGCAGCCUCCUAGGGACAAAGAAAUAUACAAUAUAUUUUUUUUCUUGCUUACAAAGCAAGAACAACCUGUAUUUUCUUCCUUCAAAAUGGUCUUGGGGAAGAAUAGGAGAGCUUCAUGAAUAAGUUACUCAAGACAACAGAUAAACACAGUAGUCAAAACUUUUUAUUGAGGAAAAAUGUGGCAUUUAUGACUUGCUUUUUAAUUCUCUUAACUGAAUUUUAAGCUGCAACAUUCAAAUUUUUCUUUGUACUUGAAAGGUCCAGUCUGCCAAUUUCAAGAAGGACAGUUUUCCAUGUCUUUGGCUAUUCAUUUUCCCUCUCUCCAUCUCUCUCAUCUGUCUGUAUCUCACUGCCUCUGUCUCUCAUACACACACACACACACACACACUCUCUCUCUCUCUCUCUCUGUCUCUCUCCAGUGGCUGUUAAGAAGGACUGGGGACUGCUAGACAUAAUUGAAAGUAAGGUAACAGGCUAAGGAGAAGCUCAGUUUGAACAUUGCAAUGCAAAGGCCUCAAAGCCUGUGACUUUCAAGUAUUUCUGUUGCAUUAAUUGUAUUUUCCUGCUUAGCUGUGUUCAGACAUAGUAUUUGCAUUUCUCGGAGCUUUCAUUCCAACAGCGUAACAUUUUGAUCUUGAAAGAGUCUCAAUAAGCCUUAUUUGACCAUCUGAGGAAAAAUGUGACCAUCUGUAAAGAAUUGGCUCCUGCUUACGUGUAGCUCUAAUUACUUUACAGAUGUAUGCAUGUGUAUGUAAGACUUCAGUUCAUACAUGGCUUAAUUCUGAAAGUGUUCAGACCAUAGUACCCUUAUUGAUUUAAAAGCAUGAAUAUAUGAGAUUUACUAGCAGUAUUAAGUAUUUGAUAAUUAGAGCUACGUGAUUUUUGGGAAGAAAUUUGUUAUGUGGUAUCUAGUGUUAAUCUGGAUAUAAUUUUUGGUAAAGGGAUGGCAGAAAACAUAGUCAAUUUUGGUUAUAAUAAAUGUAACCUUAUUCUUGGCCUGCUCCAUGUCAAAUAGGGCUCAGGGAAGCUGGUCAUUUCCUUAGCGGGAUGAUUACUCCUUUGCCUUGAAAUAUUUAUUGGGCCUACCAUGUAUGGAUCAGCUUGUGAUAGUAAGUCAUACUCCCAAAUCAGUGAUUCCCAAGUCUUGGCUUUGGGAACCAGUAUGCCUCGUAUUCUCUUAAAGAGCAACAAGAAUUUCUUGAAACAAAAUUAGUUCAGAAUUGAUUUAAAAUAUUUCAAUGUGCCAUAUAGCUCUGUCCCUUGGUUUGAUUGGCCUUGUUUUUUCCUGUGAAGAAUGAAAGGGCAAAGGUGAUACCAAAAUGAAACAGCUUUGGAGUGACAUCUUUAGGAGACUGGAAGCCAUUUUUAUAAUUCUGUUGUCUAUAUAAAUGCUACCUUUGCCUGGAGGUAGUGCGCCUGUGGCUGUGUACAUCCAGAGGGCAACAGUAAUAGCCAACAACCAGACAAACUAGUGAAGUUAAUCUGUGAGUGAUGAUUUUAUGAUACGUAUAUGCAAAUUAAAGGCAGAAGUUAGUUUCUUCUCAAGAUGCCUUUUUGGCUGAGCAUUACCAUUUUUCUUUCCCCAGGGUGUGACAGAAAAGGGCCUUUUUUGGAUUUAACUAUAUUCUGUCUGCAUUCUAUUCUUCAUGCGUAGGUUUCUACUAGAACCUGUGGAGGGGGGACACCAAAUUUAGAUUGAGGCAGUCCACGCUGGUAAGAAGCGUGAGGACCUUGUUGGACACAGAGCUUCUAGAUCUUUUCACCUGUAGCCUCUACCCUGUUCCUGCACUUUACCUGAAACUGUGCCUCUGGUCUUUAGACCAGCUGUUGGAACAUAUCACUCACCCACUCCUCUGUUAUAGCAAAGGGCCAGCUGGGAUGGUACAUGCUGUGUAAUCAGACACCUUCUCGACAAGUACAGCUGAUGUUUCUCACUGUUGCCUUAUCAUUCUCUGAGCCAUCUUUGAUGUUGAUUUGUAAAAAAAAAACAAAAAACAAAACAAAAAAAACUUAGUAGCAAAACUCCUGUUAAACUCAGAGUUUGUAUGUGGUGGUCAUUCAACAUCCUUAUUUCUAGAUUUACGCAAACUGUACCAACUGUAAUCUUUUUCUGGCACGCGUAUGUGGUCAGAUGCUUCGUAAACAUGAGCCAACUUGGGUUGUAAACAUUGGGCAUAAUAUACAAAUUGGGGAAUUUUGGAUGACUGCAUAAUCCUGUCAUUAGAGAUUUCAUAAGACAGAAGAUAACUAUUUGUAAUUUAACACAUUUUUUAAAAAGGUGAUCUUUCUUUCCCUCAGUUGUGUAUACAGCUAUACACCAUACUAAUACCAUACUAUGUCAUAGGAACUUAAAGUUAGAUGUAUCUAAAUCCCUUCACUUUUCUGAGACUUCUCUGCACUCCCACCCCUGAAGCCUUCAAAUCAUUUUUCAUCUGUGAAGUCACUGAGGUACUGGGCUUGACUAUAGUGGUAACAGUUAAGGGGAGUUGAACUAUUGAUCUUCCAAGAAGAAAGGGACCAGACAGUGUUAAGAUGCUGCAGUUGUGUUACUGUGAAGAAAAGACUCGCUUCCACUUUCAGCAGGCUAUAUAAAUAUAUAUACAUAUAUAUAUAUAUAUAUAUAUAUUUUCACUUUGGUAAAAAAAAGUUGAAAAAUCUGAGGAGAACAUAAUUACCUUCACAAAUUAUUUAUAGAUACACUGGGUGAGAAGCUUACUGUAGGGCAGUCACCCGAAAAAAACUAAUUUUAGUGCUUUCAAUAGUGUAAUAUUUGUAUCUAUUACCAUGGCAGCAGUGUCUGCUGCACACUGUGUCCUAUUACUGUAAAUCUCCUGGUUUAUAAUUCUUAUGGAAACUAAUUUGUUUUGUAAUGGAAUCCAGAGCAGAUAUGUAUAAUAUGAUCAGGAUUGUCCUACAGUUGUAAAUAAGAAUAGGUCCUGUUUAUUUUGACAUCUUUUUACAAAUGCAUUGUAUUAGGGUGUGAAUAUUCUGAACCAUCCUCUUGUUUAAAGUUUGGAAAUUUUUAUUGUUAAAUGUAACAUUUUAAUGGUUGUAAUAAUUAUUUGUAUAGAUAUGAAUAUAGUAUUUUAUUUAAGAAAAUAAACUUUGCAUUUUUGCAUUGUAAA